CGCUCCCAGACAAAUGAGGCAGUAUUACGUGGCGGCAACAGGAGAGCGCUGGCGGAGGAUAAGAUCAAAAUUAGGCAGGCGAAUAACUGAAAAAUGUAUACCCACGGGCCGGAGGAAGUUGGAAAAUGGCGGGGAUGUGUUGCUUUGCUCAACCCAAUUCAACUCUCCAUCUCAAGAGAAUUCAUUGCUUCAAAUGCUGCUCAGCCUUACCGGAUAACAGAACGAGAACCCCGAAGUUUUUGAAAUUGGCUGUAACUGGAGUGACUGAGCUCCUUAGACUCUUCUCCUCGUUUGACAAAGAUAGAUCAGAUAGGGUGAAUUUUAAACAAGAAGAGGAGAUUUCAAAUAAGGGGAUUGAUGAUGUAGUAACUACACUGAAGACGGAUUAUGACCAUGCUUAUUUUGUUACAGGGAUUUUCACUUCUGAGAUUUAUGAUGAAGAUUGUAUAUUCGAAGAUCCGACUAUCAGAUUUCGAGGUAAGGAGCUGUAUUCACGCAACUUGAGAUUGCUGGUUCCUUUCUUUGAAUUUCCAUCAAUUGAAUUGCAAAAGAUUGAGAAGUGUGACAAGGUGAUGCAGAAAAUAUGUGUUACACUCCUUGCUACUGGACAAGGUCAUGUCCCUACUCCAUUUCUCUUUCCUGCAUACAUAAUUUUCGGAAGGAGAGAAGCUAGAACCUACCUGAAACUUCCUUGGAGACCUUUCAUUUCUAUUGAUGGAAGUACUGUCUAUGAAUUAAAUAGUGAGCUUAAAAUUAUUAAUCAUGCUGAGAGCUGGAAUGUUUCUGCACUGGAAGCGAUUGCCCAGAUAUUCACUCCUAGUAACAGAAAUUAACCAGUCCAGGAAGAUCUGAUGCUACCUAUCCCGCCUGAUUUCAGAGUCAGUUGUGAUUACGACUGCUGGGAUAAAGCUUUUAUGGUAAUUAAUGCAAAGCUCAUUGCUUGCAGUUUGAUAAGUAGGUGCCUCCAGUGCCCCCUCCCUCACCUCCAUAUUUCUAGCUUUAUAAAGACAGAAUGCUCAUGCAUACAUGUCAAGUGUUUAUCUUAUCUACUCAAGUAGAAACCUCUCUGGUAGUGUAGACUUUUUCUUGCCAUGUUCAAUGCUUAGAAGUGUGGUCAUGCUUUCUGGCCAACUUUUAUGGAUGGUUACUGAACAUUAAAAUUGAACUGUUAUAGCUGUUUCUAGGAUUGUUAAAGUAUAUUGGCAAUUUAUCCUUCCCAUAAAUGUUAAAGAACAAGACAACACAAAUCUUAUAGCA